CAACACACAACUUGUAUCCAUUCCAGCACCCCUUGUCCCCAAAAUGUCGGAAGGAGAAGCAGGUCGUGGGCGUGGUGGUUUCGGUCGGGACGGCGGUCGAGGCCGCGGAGGCGGUCGUGGGCGAGGACGUGGUCGUGGCGGCGGACGCGGCCGCGGGGAUCGCGAAGAGAACGUGUGGGUGCCCGUCACCAAACUCGGACGUCUCGUCAAGGAAGGCAAGAUCGGGAGUAUGGAAGAAAUCUUCCUCUUUAGUCUCCCCGUCAAGGAAGCCGAGAUUAUCGACUUUUUCCUCAAGGACAAGCUCCAGGACGAAGUCAUGAAGAUCAUGCCCGUGCAGAAGCAGUCGUCCGCCGGGCAGCGUACGCGAUUCAAGGCGUUCGUGGCCGUCGGCGACGGCGCCGGACACAUUGGACUCGGAGUCAAGUGUUCUUCGGAAGUGGCCAACGCCAUUCGCGGAGCCAUUACUGCCGCCAAGCUAAACGUGGCACCCGUCCGCCGCGGCUUCUGGGGACGGAUGAGUGGACUCCCCCACACCAUCCCCUGCAAGGUCACCGGCAAGUGCGGAUCGGUACGAGUCCGACUCAUCCCCGCUCCCCGCGGAACCGGACUCGUCAGUUCUCCCGCCGGUAAGAAACUACUGCACAUGGCCGGAGUCACCGAUUGUUACACCAGUGCCUGUGGACACACCCGGACCAUGGGAAACUUUAUCAAGGCGCUCUUUUACGCGCUCCGGAGUACCUACGGAUACUUGAGUCCCGAACUCUGGGCCGAUAUGCCGCUAUUGGCGACGCCCUACCAGGAGCAUACCGACUUUUUGGCCAAGAAACAAAUUAAAUAGAGCAUCGCGUUGCCGGUGGAUCGGAAAGUGUGCAACACACACGGAGCUGCGUAGGUGGCCGACCGAUCGAUAGACCGUGUAGAACUCGUACGUUCUCGAAUAACGAAUCGGUUGCUUUGU